AUUCUAAUCGCCACGAUGCUAUUAGCUAGUCACGUUUUAACUCUGAAAGCUGAGUAUUGCUACGCUCACAAUGAUAAUCCAUACUUGAAUAUGGGCACGAAAACUGCUUACCACUUUAUUCACGGCGGUGAAAGACCAUACGAAACGAUACCAAACUGCAAGCCGAUACAGAUAUGGAUGAUGAUAAGACACGGAACGAGAUAUCCGGGAACAAGAGAAAUUCGCGGGAUGAGGUCACUUCCGAAAUUACGAAAUCAGAUUAUUUACAAUCACGAAGUACGAGGAAUCAAUGUUAUAGCGGGCCGUUUGUGCGCUGACGAUCUGGUCAAUCUGAAGCGUUGGCGACUAAGUAAAUUUAUUACAUACGAAAACUCCGACCAACUAAACAGACAGGGGAUCGAAGACAUGAAUCUACUCGGCAAACGUAUCAGGAAUAAUUUUCCGGAAUUAUUUCCACCUGCGGUGACUGAGGUCAAGGCGAGAAAUUACAAGUUCCGUAUGGCGCGAGGAGGACGAAUGAGUUCGAGCCUGACGGCAUUUAGAGAUGGACUCUUGAACGGAGUUUAUGUUCCAAAAGAUGAACUUCCAGCCAACAGCACAUUGUGGGUGGCAUAUUCGCGUUGUCCAAAGUGGGAAACGGACGUGGCAAACGAUCCAGUGCAUCUCAGAGAAGUGACGAACUUCGUCAAUGGUCCGGAGUACCAGAAUCUGAUAACAAGUGUUAGUAAACGACUCGGGUUCCACCGCAAUAUUAGCGCAGAUACGGUUCGACAAAUGUGGCAAAUGUGCAGUUACGACCAGGCGUUGAGGGUUACAAAGUUGUCACCUUGGUGCGCCGUUUUUAACGACGAGGAAAUGAGGGUCUUCGAAUACAGGGACGCCUUGAUCGACUACUACAAGCGAGGAAACGCUCACGAAUACAACGUCCGAUUGGGCUGCCCGCCUCUGCGAGACAUGGUCGAUAGUUUCCGAAAAAUCGAAGGCAACGACGAUAGCUACUCGAUGGAGCCGAGAGGUGUUUUCAACGUCGGGAGAUCGAGAAGCUACCAUUUGUUCAUGGCUGCUUUAGGCAUCGCCAAUGAUUCCUCGCCUCUACUAGCGAGCGAUUUCAAGCUUAGGAAAAAAUACCUCUGGAACACGACCGAAAUUGGAUCGUUCGGCGCCAAUAUCGCGGCCGUAUUUUACAAAUGCAACGACUCGGCAUCGCCUCACAAAGUCAAGUUCUACCAGACUGAAAAGCCCGUCGACUACCCGGGAUGCGCGGACGGUUUGUGCGACUGGGAGUACUUGAAGAGUAAAUUUCGAAAGCAGCUGUCGAGAUGUGACGAUGUCGACUUUUGUGGUACAAUUGUCGCCGAACCGCUGAUUGAGACUUUGCCGCCGUCGGAAAAGUUCGUGCUCGUAUUCUGUGUCCUGAUUCUCCUCUUUCUCAACGCACCGCGUCUGGCAAGGAUAUUAAGAAAAAUUCCACCAUGUUGUUACUACAGAUGCAGAAGUCGUCCGACGGUGAUAUUAAAUUUCCGUAGGGCAAGUGGAACACGAAUGAUUACCAGCCUGAAGGCAUUUAUGGGUGGACUUUUAGGCAGAGACGAUAUCCCGGAAGAACAACUUGAAGCCAACAGCAGGUUGUGGACGGGUUAUUCUCAGUGUCCGAGAUGGGAAACGGAAGUAGCAAACAACCCGGAACAUCUCACCGAGAUAACAAAGUUUUCGAAUGGUUCAGAGUAUCGGAACAUGAUAUCAAGCGUCAGCGCACGACUUGGAUUUCCUCACGAUAUCAACAAAAGAAUUAUUUACCACAUGUGGACCAUGUGCAGUUACGACAUGGCGUUGAACGUCACCAAGUUGUCACCUUGGUGCGCCGUUUUUACCGACGAGGAAAUGAGGGUCUUCGAAUACAGGGACACCUUGGUCGACUACUACAAGCGAGGAAACGCUCACGAAUACAACGUCCGAUUGGGCUGCCCGCCUCUGCGAGACAUGGUCGAUAGUUUCCGAAAAAUCGAAGGCAACGACGAUAGCUACUCGAUGGAGCCGAGAGGUGUUUUCAACGUCGGGAGAUCGAGAAGCUACCAUUUGUUCAUGGCUGCUUUAGGCAUCGCCAAUGAUUCCUCGCCUCUACUAGCGAGCGAUUUCAAGCUUAGGAAAAAAUACCUCUGGAACACGACCGAAAUUGGAUCGUUCGGCGCCAAUAUCGCGGCCGUAUUUUACAAAUGCAACGACUCGGCAUCGCCUAACAAAGUCAAAUUCUAUCAAACUGAAAAGCCCGUCGACUACCCGGGAUGCGUGGACGGUUUGUGCGACUGGGAGUACUUGAAGAGUAAAUUUCGAAAGCAGCUGUUGGAGUGCGACAACGUAGACUUCUGUUACAAAACGUCGACCGAACCAUCACCGGUUAAUUUGCUACCAGUGGCAAAGUUUGUGCUUAUAUCUUCUGUACUGGUUCUCAUAAUUUUCCGAAAACGGCAUAUGACGCAAGCAUUGUCUGCAUCAUUGGAAAAAAAAGGGAUGGGACAAAAAAACCACUUCUUUAGUGAUAUAACUCUCAUCAUCAUCAUCAUCAUGAUUAUGUACCUCCCCACUGCUACUAUACUAGUUGUAACACUACUUGGUGAGGACACGAUAAUUGAGUACAUACGGAGGGCAAAAAUGUUGAUUGGAUUGAAGGAACUGAUCCUGAUUUCUCUGACCUUCGGUCAGGCGAUUUCACGAAGUACGGAUUACUGCUACGCUGAAAAUGAUCAGCCCUAUUUGAAAUUCGGGACAAAAACUGCCUACACCUUUAUUCACGGUGCUAAAAGACCCGCCCAGAAUAUACCGGGUUGUAAACCACUGCAAAUAUGGAUGCUGACAAGGCCAGGGACCUUGUAUCCUGAUGCAGAGACGAUAUCGAAAUUGAAAGCUCUGCCUAAACUACGGGAUCAAAUAACAUACAAUCACGAUACUUUGGGGUAUGGCCACUUGUGCGAUCUUGAUUUAGAGAACCUGAGAAUUUGGCGCAUAGAUUCGGCAAUGACGAUGGAAAAGGCUGAGAAUCUUGUUCCGCAGGGAACGGAGGACUUAGUGUUGUUGGCUAGGAGACUGAAAACGCAUUUGCCUGAACUAUUUCCACCAACUGUGAGUGACGUCAGCGAGAGAAAUUACAAGUUCCGUUCAACGGCUGGAGAAAAGACGUCCAGUAGCCUGAAGGCAUUUAUGUCUGGGCUCUUUGACCAAUGGCAAAUGCCCCCGACGGAGGCGCCGAUGAACAAUACUCAGUUCGCGUCUCACCUGACUUGUCCAGAGUGGAGAGACGAGGUUUCCAACAACCCCGAAGCCAUGAUCGAGGUGACCAGAUUCAAGUCCAGCCCUGAGUACCAGAAUCUCCUCACAAACGUCAGCCGUCGGCUUGGUUUCCGGAACAACAUUACCGAAGCUUCGCUGAAUGCGAUGUACGACAUGUGCCGCUACGAGAAGGCUUGGACACUGGACGCGAUCUCGGCAUGGUGCGCAGUCUUCAGUUUGGAGGAGCUCAAGAUCCUCGAAUAUAGGGACGACUUGACCGAGUACUACAAGUACGGGUAUGGCAACAAGGUGAAUCUCCGCAUGGGUUGUUCGCUGCUGCAGGAUAUGUUCGGGCAAUUCAAGAAACUAGAGAGCGGCGACAACACGAGCGAACCCAAAGGAGUGUUCAGCGUGGUGGAAUUGGGAACUUUGGAGCUGUUUAUUGCGGCGAUGAGAUUCGCAGAGGAUUCCACACCUCUGCUGGCAAGCAAUUAUCAGUCAAUGAGUAAACGUCUGUGGAGAACGUCGGAGAUCGGAUCGUUCGCUGCGAAUAUACAGGCGGUAUUUUACAGAUGCGAUGUUCCCGAGGAUCCAAACAAAGUGAUAUUCUACAUGGGAGAAAAGCCGGUACCUUACAUGGGGUGCAAGGUCGGCCUCUGUGACUGGGACGACUUGAAAAGCAGAUUUGCCAAAACUUUGUCCGAUUGCGAGUCCAACUUCUGCAAUGCAAACAGCGCCUUUUCGUCGCUAGUUGUGCCUACAGUGUUGCUCUGGCUCGGGUUGCCGGCGCUAGCUUUGUCCAGCCAUUGAUGGCUUCAGGAUGAUCACUUUUUUAUUUAAUCAUCAGUAUACUUUAUUUUAUUUAUUAGGUUAAAUUUCUAUCGCUUUUACAAACUGAUCAUGAAUAGAUCUUGUAGGCUUGUUAUUGUAGUACGUAAGUGACCAACUAAUGUUCCGUCCCAAUAUCCGUCCACUUUUCAACGACAAAUAUGUUUUUCCAUUAUUUUACAACUGACGUCAUUUGACAGAUGUAGAACAAGUUUAGCAAGUUUAAAAUCGACAAGGUUUUUUAUUUGUAUUCGUUUUUUAGAGUAUUUCAUAACUGUUGUAUAACACGAUUAUCAGUACUGUAAAUAAACAAUGACGAAGUAGAAAUUCGAA